UGUCAAGUGACAAUGCUAACAAUAUUAUUGAUUUAAAAUCCAUAAAAAUAUCUAAAAACAUUACUUGAGAAUUUUCGUAAAAAAAUUAAGAAAAAUUAUAAAAAUAUAUAUAGAAAAAAAUGCAAAGUUCAAAAUCAUUUCUAAUACGCGAUCUCUUGGGUGAUCUAAUUAAUCGACGUCAAACGGAUUCGGAAAUCGAGUUGUCCAAUGACGAAUCGGAUAUCGAUAUCGAGGAUCGUUCCACUCCGGAUUCAACUGCACUAGGAUGUCCGCCGGAUCUUCUGCUUUCGCAUCAUCAUCACUAUGAUGAGUCCAGUGUGGAGUCGUGUGGUACGGCCACCCCGGGACCAGUAUCGGGGCCCGGCUUGAAUGCAGUAGCCGCCGCCGCCGGAGUAGCUGCUGGUCUGUUGGCUGCUGCGGCCAAUGGCAAUGGGGAUUCGGGCGGCAAUGCCGGCAGCCUAGUAGGAGGUUCUAGUGGUGGCUCCGGUAGCGUUAGUUAUGCGGAACACAAGCUUCAACUGAGCAAAAGUGGACGAAAGCCACGACGCAGGCGCACUGCAUUUACCCAUGCCCAGUUGGCUUAUUUGGAGCGCAAAUUUCGUUGCCAGAAAUACUUAAGUGUGGCAGAUCGCAGCGAUGUGGCCGAAACAUUGAAUUUGUCUGAAACCCAAGUGAAAACUUGGUAUCAGAAUCGACGCACCAAAUGGAAGCGACAGAAUCAAUUGCGUUUGGAGCAGCUGCGUCAUCAGGCCACCCUGGAGAAGGACUUUGUAGUGCAGGAUAGUGGAGCUGGUGGUGGCCUUGGUGGUUGUUGUCCCACUGGUCUAACAAAUUCGUUUAGUGCAGCUGCCGCGGCUGCUGCUGCUGCCAGCAAUCCGUGCAACUUCUUAACGUCUGCCGCAGCGGCAGCCAUUUUCCGUAAUGUGGGCUAUGUACAUGGAUGUCCCAUGUAGGCGUGGUAACGCGAUGCUGCCCCAAAUACCUCAAUUCCCAAAUAUUCUUUAAUUGAAAACUAUUACAAACCACAAGCCAUGUAAAUAUAACGAUAACAAUAAUUA